AUGCCGUUGAGCAAGCCUCGUCGCCGCUUUGUGUCCGUGGCUGCGCUUGUGCUUGGAGGAUCGCUCCAGCGCACAUUUUCUGCGCCACGGCUUCUGGUGGUUUUGGACCUGGAUGAGACUUUGCUCCAUGCGACUCUCUGCAAAGUAGAUGAGGACUUGAGCUGGCUGCCUGCCCGCGUGUGGCAGCCGCGAGUAGACUUCGAGGCGAAGGGCAAAGGGUUGGUCCUCGGGUUGGACGAGGAGAUACCUUUGUUCGUCUCCCUGCGCCCAGGAGCUGAGGAGUUCCUGGAAUGGCUGAAAAGCGCGGAUGUGGAUGUUGCUGUGUACACUGCAGGAACGGAGCCCUAUGCAAAGCAGAGCGUGGUCAAACUGGCCCUGGACAAGUAUCCCUCCCUUUUUCGCGACGAGUGCGUGCCCUUCGGCCUGCCGAUCACCAAGGACCUCACAAAGCUUCGCGAAGACCUCUCGCGGGUGGUGCUGGUGGACAAUUCUAGGAGGUCCUUCUGGCUCCAGCCGGACAAUGGGCUCCUGGUCAGUGACUGGGAUGGCAGGAAUUCCUCGGACGAGGAGCUGAAGGCGGUGAAAGCCACCCUGCUGGAGCUGCUUCAGCUGGAGGAUGUGCGCCCGCACCUGCGCAGCAGGUUGCCACAGGAGGCUUCUGUAGAUGUGAGACUCUUUGCAGCCGCAGCCAUCUUGCUAACCGCCCUGCCGGUGCUGAAUCCGUAG